AUGUCUCCUCCUUCUGUCCGACGUGCACUGAUAAUCGCCAGCCCUUACGGCGGUCUCCGCGGCACUCUACGUGAUGCAGAGCGAAUUAGCGCCAUGCUGAAAGACCUCGACUUCGAUAUCACGCAGUGCUGCGGCAAAGAUGCGACGCGCGAUGGGAUCCGCGCUGCGUGGAAUUCGCUGAUAAAGCAGACAGGGCCAGAGGAUGUUGUAGUUAUUUAUUAUUCAGGUCAUGGUGGGAUGGCGAAGAGGGCUGACGCCGCCGGGAAGGAUAAAAAUGCAAGUAAAAAUGAAAGUGAGAAUGAAAAGUCGAGGGAUAAAGACCAGCAACAGUGGCGCUACCAGUUUCUCGUCCCAGUCGACUUUGACCAGUCGGCCCCUGAUGACUUUCGUGGGAUCACUGAAAUCGAAAUCUCACACCUCCUCCGCGACACCACGGACCAGACACGCAAUGUAACCGUCAUCCUAGACUGCUGUCAUUCUGGUAGAAUGGCGCGGGAGCCGACCUGGGGUGGUAACGCGACGCCAAAGAACCUAAGCCUACAGGGUGGGCGGUAUUAUCACGAUAUCGAACGGUCUAUUGACAGGCUGCUGCAGGCAAGAAAUCACACUCACAGUUCCAUAGGAGACCUGAGUAGUGGCAGUGGUGGUAAUUCUAGACGAGUGGGUCGAGAAGAAUACAUCGAGGGAAAUCCGCACGCUGUUAGGAUCGCAGCGGCUGCAACGACAGAGACGGCAUGGGAGUAUGAGGAUUCAAGCGGAUACUGGACGGGAGCACUGACGAAUGCGCUUGUCAGAGUGUUUAAAGAGACGAAGGACCAUAGUAAUAGCGUCUCCUGGCGCACGACGGUGCUCAGGGUGAGGGAGCUAGUUAAUGCAAUGUUUCCACUCCAACACCCACAGAUUGAGGGCCCUGUUGCGCGGUGCCAUUUUUCGCUGGAGGAGAUGGGCUCCGACGCAUUGCAUUUGAAGUUGGAAGGGGAUGAUGGCCUGGCUGUUAUUCAGGCCGGCAGGGUCGCAGGUGUGCGUGAGGGGAAUGUAUAUCGGGUCUUUCCGUUUAGUGCCACAUCAACAACGACAAAGGAUGGCGGCAACCAGGUAGACACUGCUAUUGCAGACGCGGUCGUCACACACGUCGAUGGAUUCCGCGCUGUUGCGGACCUUAAAUACAAAAGCAAAGAACACACUGAAAUCCCUCCUGAAGGGGCAUUGGCCCGUCUCGAGCAAGAGGCGCUGAACAAGUGGCCUGUGACGAUUCCCUCUGAACUACUGCCUUCAGCGCUUGAGGAGCUCAUCAGGGGCUCUCGAUACCUUUGCAUCGCAACGUCUGACGAACGGGAAGCGGCAAUCGGUCGAAUCCAGCGUUUGGGGGACCGGAUCAGUCUCAGAACAAGAGAGGGAGUGCAAGUUGCAUCGCAGUGGAUAAUUGGCGAGGACGAAGUAGAUUGCCGCGGUUACAAGGACAUCGUGACGGCUACUGAGAGACUUGCGAAAGCCCAGCACCUUCUGUCCCUGGACAGUGCACCCGCCGAGCGGCUCGAGCACAAUGUGGAGGUGGAAUUCAGGCUGGUCGAAAAGGGGGAGCGCGGACGCACGAUCCUGUCCACUGGAGACGACCAUGUGAAUGAGGGCGAACGGUGGUAUGUUUCACUGCGCAACAAUGGCCAGAACACGGUGCACGCCACCCUUUUCAACGUCAAUGUGGCGGGUAAGAUUUCGCUAAUCUCCAAGUCUCAUCCGACGGGUAUUGAGCUGCCACCCACACGCUCCUAUACCGUUGGAGCAGACCGCCUAGGUCUCCUGCGUGGCCUAGGGUUCUCCUUUCCGCGCGGCAUACCCCAGGAGCGGCCCGUCAAUGAGAGGCUAGUUGUUAUACUGACCAGCAGACCCGUCGAUCUCUGGCAUUUGACGGAGGCUGUGCCCAGUAACGCUGAGGGCCGAAGCAACGACCGAUCCACGCUGCAGAAGCUCACGAUGCAGAUUUCCCGAGGCGGUACGCGAGACAUGGACGAUGAGGACGAGUAUGAUGUCGUGUGUUAUGAUAUUGCGCAUAUCCCGUUUAACUUGCAGCCUCGUGGGUUCAAUGCAGCACAACAAUCAAUCCCGUCCACCGAAGCUGCAUCGGAGAGAGAGAUGACCAACUUAAAAAUCUCAGAAAGCUCAGGCCCGGAGGGGGCCUCCACUGGGGAAAAAGAACCUCUCCAAUCCACCCCGUCCAACGACCUUCCCCCUCCUGAAUCCCUAACAGAAUGGGCUCAUCUUCCUCCGUUGCCUCCUGAUCUCGACCCGAGUCCGCGUGGAAUGAUGGGAGCUCUAACACGUGUGGUAAGAAGGAUUCCACCGUGCGUCUGGGUCGUCAACCAGCACAUAGAAGAAGUGACAGUCGUAGUAUCGAAAUACCAUCCGAACCGGAUCUUGACAGGGGGAGGGAUCAAUGCAUCGAUUAGCGGCGCAGGGAUUGAUCUGAGUUCGACCACAUUCACCGGCCCCGCCACGAAAAAGACGCUCCAGCCACAAUCCAAGGAUCCUCAGGCCGCGAUCGGGGUAUUCCCCCUGUGGUCACGAAACGAAGGGUUUGGCGUCAUCACCAUUUUCACAGGGCCGGAGCGAACACUUUUCUCCGAAAACGACCUGAUCCCCGCAGGGGCGACGGCGUACUUUGUGAAUCGGCCGGAUUUGAGAAUUGUAGAGUUUAAGGCAAGCCAGGUAGAGGAGUAG